AUGCCUCUCAAGCAAGUCAUGAAGAAGAUCCGCACCGAAGACUUCAAUCCCACUGAAACCCAACUACGCAGCAGACUCAAAAAAUGGGGGGUCACCAAGCCAUCACGACAACGACGGAAGAGGCCUGCUACCCGCCCGACUGACCGCGCAGCAGUAUCAAUAUCACAGGCGCAAGAACUGGAACUACGCAGCCAAGCCAAUGACAAUUAUAUUCCUCAAUUUGUUGGAUACCCUCCCUCUAGUGGAUCUUCUAUGCACCCAGGAACAUGGGAUUCACGAGUCCGCUGGAUAUUAGUACCUUCUCAUGAUCCUGCGCACCAGCCAAAAACCGUUCCCUGCUGUGAUGGCCGCCGAAAGAGCGCCUCCUCAAAUGCUUCCCGAGUGGAAGGUACUUCUUCACCUCCAGCUAGCUACCCCGAUCACCAUCAUCACCACCACAAUAACUCCUUCGAUUGUCAAUACCAUACUGCAAGCCCUACUAAGGACGUAUCUCCCAGAGUUGAGAGCUGUCCAGUAACAGUUUUCACUGGAAUCAACCCUAAUCUCACCACCUCCCCGGGCGAUAUUACGCCAACCAGUGAUGCUGCAUCAAGCGGGCUCCCAACAGACUGGCAAUCACCCGAUAGUACCCAUCAUGCUAUUCGCACCCCAGGGUCUACCCUUCCGUCUCCUGCUAUCCAACCAACAAGCCCUUGGAACUAUUCCAAUCCUGAUAUGCGCCAGCGAUGCUCACCCUCUAUCUAUCCGCUUGACGACGCAACCGUGGAACAACAGGUGAAUUACGUGAAAGAAUAUUUGGACAAUGACGACAAUCUCUCAUACCCUUCCCUUUUGGAUCUCCCGUUGAAUGAUGGUGAAGUUCUUGAUUCAUUUUCCAUGAGAGCCUGGAAACGGCCUUCCUCCAGUGGUGAUGGGACCGCCCAGUUACCGUAUCAGGGUGAUAUUUCCCCCAGAGACCGUCAAAGCAUCAAGGCACAAACCCCAGCGUCCUCGGGGCCAUGUACAACUGCAACGACGCCAUCCACUUUAGCAGUUACUAGCGGCUAUCAGAAAAUGGAGUCUCCAAGCCCAAUUGACCUUUCUGCCGUUGGGGGAGUUCCAGGCUCCCUGAGCCUUGUGUCCUACCAAGCGUACAAAACCGAAGCCAUGAACAAUGAAUAUCUCCUUCCUUCAAUUUUACCUUGA